CUGAUGUGAAGAUCCACGGAGAGAGUGUUGCUGUUGAGGUCUUUCAGAUAUAUAAAGGCCUGCUCUUUCCGACUUCACGAUGCCUCAGAACGAAUACAUCGAGCGAUGGCAGAAGCAGCACGGGAAGCGCCUCGACCACGAGGAACGCACCCGAAAGCGCAUAGCCCGUGAAUCGCACAAGCAGUCUCACGAUGCGCAGUCCUUCCGCGGCCUGCGGGCCAAGCUAUACCAGAAGAAGCGCCAUGCGGAGAAGAUCGAGAUGAAGAAACGGAUCAGGGCGCAAGAAGAGAAAGACGUCAAGUCGUCUGCACCCAACGAGCCUUCCUCCACGCCACUACCAAACUACCUUCUAGACAGAUCCCAGGAAACUAAUGCGAAGUCGCUCUCGAGCGCCAUUAAGAAUAAACGUGCCGAGAAGGCCGCUCAGUUCGCCGUUCCCUUGCCCAAAGUUAAGGGAAUAAGCGAGGAGGAGAUGUUCAAGGUCGUCACGACGGGGAAGAAAACAUCGAAGAAAUCGUGGAAGCGUAUGAUUACGAAACCUACCUUUGUUGGCGCAGACUUCACGCGGCGCCCCGUCAAGUACGAGCGCUUCAUUCGGCCCAUGGGCCUGCGUUAUAAGAAGGCGAACGUCACGCAUCCGAAGCUAGGCGUUACAGUACAGCUUCCGAUUAUUAGUGUCAAGAAGAACCCCCAGAACCCUAUGUACACGCAACUGGGAGUGUUGACCAAGGGAACCAUUAUCGAAGUCAACGUUAGUGAACUGGGACAAGUUACGGCAAGCGGGAAGGUGCUAUGGGGCAAGCUGGCACAGAUUACUAAUAACUGUGAAAAUGAUGGAUGUGUUAAUGCUGUACUUUUGGUGUAAUCGGUUUAAUUUUUAUUUUAAUUUUUUCUUAAUAUAUCCCUGAACUUUACCGACAUCUUUUGGCUGUUAGCUACGAUAUUUCUCCUUCUCCAUCCUCCCUGCUAAGGGAGCAAUGUAAAGCACCAGCUAUGGGACUCGGUUCCCGGCGAAAACCAACGUUUUCUUCCGUCGCGUCCAGAAGAUGUGAUGGAGGAUACAGAGACGCAUUAAGCCAAACACCUUCAGAUACCUCACAUCCAUUCUAUUUGCUUUUUUUGUCUUGCUUCCAAAUGGCGUUUGGGCGAUAUAGACAAUACAUGGGAACAAAAUUAUUGCAGGGGUUUGCCUUUUUUAUUUUAUUUUAUUUUUUUCGAGUUACGCACCGCGUUCAGGUAUUUUAGACGCGCCUUUGUAUGAAUGAAUUUAAUUUUCUAUCUUUUUACCUCCUCAUUCAAGUUCUGUAGAAUCGAGUUAGAGGAUAGAGCCUCACUGAUUAUCGAUAAUAGCUAGUGGGUGGAUCUGAGGGAAAAUGGUUCAAAUUCUGGGUUUUGGUUAUCUCAUUAAUUUCGUGAGUGAUAGCUGCAAUCUACAUAGUAGAUGGGGAUCAAAGCAAGAAGCAGGGGAAUAUGAGACGACGAAAUGAAGAGUUAUCUUAAGAAUAUAUACACGCCGUGCGACUAUACAAAAAAGAAAAAGUGCCAGAAAAACACCCAACCAUGUAAAACACAAUCUAUAUUUUUAAAACGCAAAAGGGGGGGGUAGUAGUAGGUAAGUCAACCGAAAGAAAGCCAACACGCCAGCGCAGAGCUACGCCCUAUAUAUUAGUUCAACACGCAAAGUCCCUGACACUCACCCCUCCGUCGACAUACGGCAUCCAGAUAU